CUUUCGAUCUCAAUGUUAAUGAUUAUCGUGUGAUAUAUGCACGCGCAGGUUUGUGGGACGCUAUAUUGAAUUAUUUACGGGUUACCUGUAGACGGCACAACAGAUGUGUUAUGAAUAUGUUCGAAAGGAAUACGAAUGAGAUCGGAAUGCUGUCUUACCUGAGUUCAACUGAUUUUACCUUGCUUUUGAGAGCAAUUACACUGCAAGCUAUCAUCAUAACUUUGGUGAUACCCAUAAGUGCAAACAACAGUUCACAUGGUACCUUUUACUUUGCAAGCAAAACCUGUUCCCAGCACGGAGAACUGGCGUAUAAAUAUAUUGUGACAACUACUCUACUUACGGAUUACAAAGUGAACGACUGUAGUCUCGCGAACAGUUUAGGACUUAACGAUGGUGAAUCAUUGUGGAUACAUCUUCAAGCUGAAUUGGGAAAUUAUAUCACAUACCACGGUUGUGCCAAAUCAUUACCCAAGGAUUUCACUUUGAAUUUAACAGCAAAACCUUCCUUGUUUCAAUGUACUAAAGAGUGCUUGGCGCGUGGAUCAAUGAAUUACGUAAGUUUCCAUAAUGCCCAAUGUUAUUGCAUGGCUGAUGACCAUACGGUCUUGGAUUGUUCGGGAUCAGGUCAUGCUGCCGUUUACCGCAAAUUUCAGUCUGAUGUAGAAGAAAUAAAACACAGAUGCAUUGUUGCAAAACUGAAUAACAGGCAGUUUGGAUACACAAGCACUAAAUGUUCUGAUAAACAUUCAGUAGUGUGUGUGGAUCACAGUGCGCAGUCAAAGCUCCAACGUAACUGUACGAAGUAUUACCAUACAUCUUCUGAGAUCGGACGAGAUUUUUGUGUUCCAAUUGGAACACACAUCAAAGAUGAAAUGAAGGAAAAAUGUUCAAAGUACAAUGGUAAAUUGACCCCGCACAUAUAUCAAGGUAUUAGCCAUCACCUGGAUGACGGAUUGUACUUUCAGGACAGUUUUCUAACGUUUGAUCCACAAACUCCUGGAGAGUAUUCCAUGCCCGAAACUUUUCUAGCAUGCUUGUCAAUCACAAAGCAAGGUUGCACGCUGAUACUGGAAACAGACAAUUGUGACAAGGUGAAUAGAUAUCUAUGCAAUGCGGACAUACGCAACAAGCAGACGGGAGCAGCAACUCGCAUGGUUUCCAAUACAUUGUAUUGUAUAAUGCUUUGUUAUUUGUAUUUUGCCAUAUAGUAUGGUUUAUUGAUUUAACACAUUUAAUCGGA